AUGGAAAGCGGUGAGUAUUACGUAUAUAGGCGUUACUGUCAGCAGGCACCACAUGUGUUCAAUAGGAUAAUCGGUUUGUUGAAAACGCAAGAACCAACUUCUUACUUUUUGGUCGUCGGGUCUGAAUUGGCUAAGUACAUUUGUAAAAUGGAAGUGGAAAACGCAAGUGACCAUAAACCCAAAUGUAUGGAAGUGAUCUCGUAUUGUGCUAAUGAAGAAAAUUUCAAAAGUCUCAUGAUCCCAAACAUUCACCGCGCAAUUUUGCGUUCAGCUGAAGCUAACAUGAAAAGUGUAUAUAUGCUUAUCAACGAAGUUAGCUUUGAUCUGAGUUCUCAUGCGGUUGAGUUCUCUCAACCGAUCACGAAGCAUCUUUUCACACUUUCCGAUUUGGUACGACGUCACGCAAUCAAGGUAUUGAGUGCUGUGGUUCGUAAAUGCACAGAAAACGAAGCCAUAAGUACUAUCUACAAGCAGGUUCACUCUCAAAUUACUGGCCCAGAGGGCAGAAAGGCUGGUCAGGAUGUGAGACUGGCAGGACUUACUUGCCUCGGCGAACUAUCAGCACACGGUGCAAAACGCACGGCAGUUAUCGACAAGGUGGGGACCGCAUCCGUCGCCCUUCUAUUAGAUUAUAUAGAUCAAGAAAGUCACGAGGAGACUUUGAUUUAUGCCGCAAAACAAUUGGCCAAAUGGCUUCGCACUUUCAGAUCGAAUCUGCCCGAUCGGUUUCAUAAUUUCAUCAAGGCAAAAGCGUUUGACCCCAAACUCGCACCUCCAGUUAGAUGUGCUUAUCUUAUGUGCCUGAGCGCAGGAUUCACUAAUGUGCGCAUUGGUGAUCGGUUACCGGCAGCGAUCCUCCCAAAUCUAUUGACCUCGGUGCAACGCGCUAUCGGACAGCCCAAUCAUUCCCCGGUCGUUUUUGAAUCGGUUAUCGCUUCUUCAGUCUGGCUGAGACAUUUCGUCGCUAAGUCUGAUCCGCUGACUGAGGAUCGCGUCAAGUCGGAUCUUAUGUCCACUCCUAUUUGGGCUAUGCUUUUCGGUGGGACAGCUGCCGUUAAGCGUCGACCUUGGUUCAGCGAGCGAUUUCUACAGACUGCACCAGAUUACGUUCUUUGUGAAUUGGCCAGUCUCCUUGAAGUAGUACUGCGUGAGUUGUACGCAUUCAUACCGGCCAACGCGAUUGGCGCCAUUCACCGAACGUUGGUCCUGCUUGCGCUACAUCCAUUUUAUGAACAAGUUCGCAAGCCGGUUUUACGAUGUCUUACUUCAUUGGUAGAGAAUUCAGAGCCCUCUGUGCGAUUCAAACAUGCGGGCCAACUUCUUCGUGAACUGGCCUCGUGUUUAUGGGAAUCUGACGGGGAUAAGAAACCGUUGAAGUCCACAGAUUCCGCAAACCAGAAAACGGCCAAACAUGGCGAAUCCAGUGUCACUCAGUCGGAAAACGUCGGAUUGCGCGUGUGGAAUGAUGUACCCACCAAUGGACCCGAAUCGGAACCUCCUGGUUUAACAAACGAACAGACGCGAUCCCGUGUUGUUGGUGCCUAUGUGGCCAAUCUAAUAACAACCCUACUUGGUUGCUGUCGCAUGGAGCAAAAAGAUGGGAACAAGAAUACCGGAAAGAGGGCGGACUUGAAAUGGCAUGCCUACCCGGUACCGGACUAUUGGCAAAGUGUUGUGGACACAUAUCUCGCAUCUUUGCUUCCUGCUAGCCACCCAGUGAUAUCCGUUCCGAUUCCGAAUCUAUGGGAAAGAUUGCGUGAGCGUCUUCAUCUACCGUCCAUCGUUGACAAUCCCGAAUGGUCUACAAUGAUCGGGUCGGAUUACCUCGCCAACAAAUGGACCAAAUGGGUAGAGUAUUUUCUCCAACUUCCUUGCCUGGAUCAGGGUUAUCGACUUGCUGUCCAGCGGCUAUUCCUUUGGUCCUGUAAAGGAUUUGGGGGAACAUUGUUCGAACAAAUCCAUACUCAGCUGUCAGGUAACAGUUUCGCUUCUGUCUCAGAAACAGAAGUACAAAUCAUGCUAACUCCGAGUACUCAGCUUUACAACCACGAACUGUUAGAGAGGUGA